ACCAAAGGCGGGCGUAUUUUUCAUUCCAAAUUCAUAUUCAUAUUCGUUAUUAAUAAAUCCUCGACGUCUGUGAACAGUCCACAUCGAUUCCCGGCCCCAUUCGGCAUGAUUCGGCGAUUGUCUGGCGAGUAUUGAGAAGAAGUCAUGGGCUGUGCCAGCAGCACUCCCAUGGUUGCAACUGCGGGCAGCGAAAUGCUGAAAGCCGCCAGCCAUGUCAAGCAGAAGGGCGAGGCCGCCGUAGAAGAAGCCUCUGCGACGCUGACCACCACUUUGGACACGGCCAAGGAGACCGUUGGCACGGCGGUGGCGGGAAUUACCAACGAGCUGGGCAACGCCUUCAAGGAGGGCACUCAGGCUCUGGACGAGGCCAAGCACAAGGUGAUGGAGGGUCUGCACCUGGAAAAGCCUCCCGAGUCCGAUGAAAAGCCCGAGGCAAAGGAGGCCGCGGCUAAGCUGAGCAAUUCUCGGGCUGCGACGCCCCAACUUCAGGAAGAUGCGGAUAGCCUGAAGACUUCGACCCCGGAGCCCGAGAUCGAAAGAGCCUUGGCCAACGAGGAGGAGAGUCCGCCCACUCCGAAGCCCUCGCUGGAGGAGAUGGUCCAGCUGAGUGCCGAGGUCUCUCAGGUGGCAGAGGCACCUGCUGUUGCCACCACCGCCGAGUCAUCCGCUCCUGCAGCUGAGGCCCCUCCAACGGAGCCCUCCGCCCCCGUGGAAUCUCGUAAAGUGCGUCGCAAGUCCUUGGGAAAGGAUAAAAAGGAUCAAGAGCAGCAGAGACCCAGUACUACUGAGUGGGAAAAGUUCGCCGAUCAAUUGGCCAAAAGCAAGAAGUUCAAGCCGUAUGAGAGCUUUGCCCACAGCCAAAAUAAGUUCUCCGUGUACCAGGAUCACACGAGUUUGCGGGACAAGCCGAACCACUAUGAUGGUCACUUUAGCGGUGGAAACUCGCAGAGUGCCUCUCAAUCGGAUUUGUCCAGCGGCCACAUAACUCCAGCCCCAACGCGUCGAGGUCAGCGGGAGUUUGCCAAGUUCGUGGGCUCCGAACAGCCGGGUAGUAUUUCAAGGUCCAGUUCCAGGCUCUCGAAUGCCGCUUCUUCCAGGACCUUUGAUUUUAAUCCACACCGCGAACGCAUCAGUCUUCCAGUGACCAAUCGCAUUGGGUCCGGGAUCCAAAGGGCUCCAGCGGAAAGGAUUUCCGGUUGGGGGAGAGGCAGACCGGCUCGUCUGGCCGAGGAACCCGGUUAUGGCCGCAGGAUGAGCACUGGGGUUAUCCCACAGCCCUUGAGAUCCGAAAGAGAGAAACUUCUAGUUACCGGAGGUCGUCGAGCGGUACAACCCAUAACCCCAACAAAGGAAAAGCCAUCCAAGAAGCAGACUUCCAAAUAUAUUUCUUCCAGAGAAUCAUCGCAUUUGGAGUUUGACUCCCAUAAAACCAACAAGAGUCCUUUAAGGGUCACCCAGGAACCAUUUUUGAAUGAAUUUGAUGCGUUACAAAAGAGUCCUUUCAGAGGAUUAAAACCAAAAGCUCAACACCAUCCAAGAAACAAAGCGGAUAAAAGCCCGUUAGGUAUUCCAAAGCCUUUAUCAAAGGAAUUAGGUCGUUCUAGAGAAACAUCUUUAAUUGAGUUUGAUUCGUUAAGGUCUCAAAGGAGUCCUGUCAUAGAAUCAAAAACAAAGGUACAACAUCUUUCUAAGCAUAUAUCUUCCAAAGAGCCAUCCUACACAGAAUUUGAGUCCCGGAAAACUGAUAAAAGUCACCUAAGAGUACAAAAAUCUUCGACAAAGAAUGCUGCUAGAUCUAGAGAGCCGUCCUAUAUUGAAUUUGAUUCCUUAAGAGAAAAUAAGAGUCCAUUAAGAGUACAAAAGGAUGCUGUUAGAUCUAGAGAGCCUUCCUAUACUGAAUUUUAUCCCUUCAGAGAAGAUAAAAGUCCAAUAAGAGUUCAAAAAUCAAUGGCACAGCAGAUAGUCCGAUCUAGAGAACAGUCUUUUAUGGAAUUUGGUUCAGUUACAGUAGAUAAGAGUCCCUUUAGAAUAUCACAACCUAUAAAAACAAAUGAAGCCCAUGAACUGCCAGAGAAGCUCAGCCAAUCACACCAUAUUUCUUCGGAACAUUUACCUCAGCGAGAUCUCAGUCUCAGUAGCGAAACCCAAAGCCGAACAAACCUCAUACCUCAUACACCUCAAAAGACAGAAGCCCCAGAAGCUGCGGUUUCCACCUCAAAGAUGCCAUCACCAUCCACAUCGCGUGCUUCCAGCGCCAAAUCCUCAGACAGUGGCAAUUUGGAUGUGAUAAUCCAACCCAUGAGCAGUCUGAAUACACCCAGUAUGAAAUCCUUUACCCAGUCACCGGAUCAAGUAGUGAUGGAGGGCUACGAGGACUCAGAUUUGGAAGCGGCACUGGCCAGAUUGGAGAUCCUCAGAGGAUCUACGGCCACUCUGCAUUCCCUGCGGUCUUGCAGUCCUGGCAGGCACACUUAUACAGCUUCCCUGCUCAGUUCUCGACGGACUUCUCCUUGGGUGAUGAGAAAAAAUUACGGAGGAUCUCUUGGAAAGGAAAAUAAACCAGCAGCAUUGAUGGGAAAUCCUCUGAAUUUGUCGCAGGCAAGCCAUCAAACAGUCGAACGCUGCGAUAUUUGCUAUAACGAGUUCCUUCUUAAUUAGUUAUUUUCUUUUUGUGGUUAUUCAAAUAUCAAAUUUACAUUUUUCUAUAAACAAGUAACUGCCAUAAAUAAACUUAAUCUAUAUGUUUUAAAUAAAAGAGCGCCUAUAUGCAUGUACAGACUUUAGAAAUAUAUUCUAUUAUUGCUUAUCCCCAUAUAUUCUCAUCAAAACAAUCUUUGUAAAAAAUAGGUAUAAAAACCAAUUGCCUCAACAGAUAUACACAUUUAUACAUUAACUAGCUAUUACUUUAAGUAAUAUAAAUAGACAUAGAUUAUAAUGUUUUGUAAUACCAUAUGACUAGCAAUAAAGCA